AGAAAAUAGAAAGAAGCUCUGUGAAAGACAGACAGACAGACAAACAGACGGGCAGACAUAUUUUGAGUGGUAGACUGACAGACAGACAGAAAGCUAGUAAGACUUGAAGACCUGUGUGAAACAGAAUAGCCGACUGAUUGGCUGUCGGAGUUAACUAGUUGCUGGUGCCUUACAUACGGACAUUACAACAGCCAUGAGUCUACAAGAUUGUUUCUCCAUUGCAGAGUUUAAGGAAGCUUUCUCCUUGUUCGACAAAGAUGGCGACGGUACGAUCACCACGUCGGAGCUGGGUAUCGUCAUGCGUUCGCUGGGACAAAACCCAACAGAAGCCGAACUGCAGGACAUGAUAAACGAAGUGGACGCUGAUGGAAACGGUACGAUUGACUUCGAAGAAUUCCUACAAAUGAUGGCACGAAAAAUGAAAGAAACGGAUAGCGAGGAAGAACUACGGGAAGCUUUCCGUGUGUUCGACAAGGACGGCAAUGGUUUCAUAAGUGCGGCCGAACUGAGGCACGUAAUGACCAAUCUAGGAGAGAAACUGACCGAUGAAGAGGUCGAUGAAAUGAUAAGAGAAGCUGACUUAGACGGAGAUGGAAUGGUAAAUUAUGAAGGUAAGUUGCGUCGUUGAUUCUCUGUGACAAAG